CUCUCAGCACAUCCUUGUUGACAUAACUUGGGGUGGGUCCUGCUGAAGACACAGAAGUGAGAGUGAAAGAACACAGUACUGCACAGUGCACACCUUCAGAGCAGAUCCCUGUGCAGGGCACGGGAUUAAACAUGGAGUUGGACAUGCAAGCUCCUAUUACCAAAGAGAAACGAGGAUCCAGAGAAGAGUUCGUGGAUGCUGUGAAAGGAGACAUUGGUGUCUGUGGCUGGGUGAUACUGAUAUUGUCUGCAUUCCUGGCAGCUAUCAUGUUUCCAUUUUCCAUCUGGUUCUGUGUUAAGGUUAUUAAGGAAUAUGAGCGUGCAGUCGUGUUCCGACUUGGCCGUAUCACUUCAGGAAAAGCAAAAGGACCAGGAUUGAUAUUUGUCCUUCCAUGCACAGAUACCUUUAUUAAGGUGGACCUCAGGGUUAUUUCAUUUGCAAUCCCUCCACAAGAGAUCCUCACAAAAGAUUCUGUGACUACAAAUGUUGAUGGUGUUGUCUACUACAAGAUUGAAAAUGCAAUCAAGUCUGUGGCCAAUGUUAAUAAUGUUCACUUAGCCACGCACCAAUUAGCACAAACGACUCUGAGAAAUAUUUUGGGAACACAAACACUAUCCAGUAUCUUGUCCAACCGGGAGGAGAUUGCACACAAUAUUCAGUCAAUAUUGCAUACCGCCACACUCCAGUGGGGGGUGAGAGUGGACCGCGUAGAGAUGAGAGACGUACGCCUGCCUGUACAGAUGCAGAGAGCUAUGGCUGCCGAAGCAGAAGCUGUGAGAGAAGCCCGUGCUAAGGUUGUAGCAGCAGAAGGUGAGAUGAAUGCAUCCCGGGCUUUAAAAGAAGCAUCCAUCGUGAUAUCGGAGUCUCCUGCAGCCCUGCAGCUGCGUUACCUGCAAACGCUGAACACUAUCGCAGCAGAACACAAUUCUACAAUUGUAUUCCCUCUCCCUAUUGACAUGCUGCAAACCCUAUUUCACAAAAAUAAAUAAGCAGCUUCUGAAGCAGUGCAAGCAUUCGUAACUAAUAAACUGUAUUACGUCUAUUAAUGUAUACAGUGCCUGCAAUAGACAGAACAUAUUUAUUGCUCAUGGGAUUCUGCUGUAUAGUUUUUUCCAGCUGGUGUUAUUUGUUUUUUUUUACUUUUUUUGUGGAAUUUUCAGUUUACAUGUCAGUUUUCCCAGGCGAGGGGCAUUUUAAUACUGUAACGAUUAUGAGGUACUAUUGAAUAUUAUCACAUAGGAACAUUAUCAUAAAAAAUGUUUCUCCUGUUUAUAUCAUCUUUUGUAAUUGUGUUUCCUCUGUAGCUUACAUAAAAACAUAGUAACAUAGUUAAUCAAA